CUGGGGCAUAUUUGGCAAUGCUGUACUGGGUCUCUGUAUUUAACAUAACCGGUCCAAAUGAAUGACUUUGUGCCAUGGACGCAGCGCGAGGAGGAGGAGGACAAGGGAGUGAGGAUGAUGCGUCCCAGGAAGACACGACAAGCGUAGCUGACGUGUCUGUGGAAGUGGCUACAGUGGACGCAUCUCUUCAUAAACUAUGCAGAAGAUACAACAGACGCAGGCGAAGAGCAAAAAAGCCAAAGAAGACAAACCCGUUAUGGAAUCUACAGAAUCUAGCCAUUCUCAUCACAGUGGUGGUGUUUGUUGUUGUGGUGAUAAUGUGGUCACUUCUUUGGGUUUUUAUAUUUCGGAGAGAAAGCAACAGCGGCGUGUAUUUCGCUGGCAUGUUCCGUGUUGCCAAUGUGGAGUUUAUACCAGAGUACCGACAUGCUGACUCGAGUGAGUUUUUAUCUAUGGCAAACCCCAUACAGCACGUGAUAACCAGUGUAUACCGAACAUCAUCAGUGUCCAGACUCUACAAACAAACCAUCAUCUCUGAUCUGAGUAACAAUAACAAAGGGGGUGUGCUGGUGCAUUUCUGGAUGGUUUUUGUGGUACCACACCUGAAGACUCCAGCAGUGUGUGAGGAAUGUGUGAGUGCCAUUCUCAGAGACUCUGUGUUCACAAGUCUAAAAAACAGAUCCUCUGUGGGCUUCCUGCAGGGCCUUCCUGUUGACAUCGACUCCAUUCUUGUCAAUGUUGCAUUACGGUCAGAUUAUACAUCAACAGCAAUGGGAUCUCAGUGUGUGGAUAAGCUGUAUGCAGGUAUUCCUGAUGUCAGCAUUCCCCUCAACGUGUUCUCCUCAUGGGGAGGCUUGACCUGUCACAUCAAACUGACCAGUGCUCCAGGCUCCAUCAUCAGACUCACAGUCAGGAGCUUACGCAUUGAACCCAGCGAUUGUAUCUAUGAUGGCCUCAAUGUGUACGAUGCCCUACUUCCCAUGAGAGGCAUGAUUCUGUACAGGUUUUGUGAAUCAGUUUCAGUACCAGUAUCAUUGGUCUCCACCUCCAACGUUAUGCUCCUCUCCUUCAGUCUCACACAGGGCAGCAAGAUUUUCAGAGGACACUUCCAGGCCCUUCUGGAAGAAGAAUGUAUGAACCUGAUAGAGUUACCAGCUGGGCCAGGUGAUGCUGGGGUGAUAACCAGUCCAUUCUACCCCAAUCUAUUACCCCGACAGUGUUCCUGUACCUGGAAGUUCCAGAUGUCCAGCAAUGCUCUGGGUGUGGCUCUGAGGUUCCAGAACUACAUCCUCAAACUGAAAGACUCGCAAAACUGUGAACAUGGCUGGUGGAAAGUGAACGAGAUCAUAUACUGUGGAAAUUACAUCGACCACUCAACCGUCUUCCGUAUUUCUACGCCAAACCCCGAAGUGGUUUUCCGCUGCAGCUCACGAAAUGCUGACCAGCCUUUCAAUGCCACUUACAGUAGCUACAACAUCGGCCAGCCGUGUCCUGAGGGUCACUUCCUGUGCACCACAGGUCUGUGUGUGGAGAAGGCCCGGCGCUGUGAUGGAAUGGAUGACUGUCAGGAUGAAAGUGAUGAGAUUUUCUGUUCUAAACCUCCCAAACUCUGUGGAGGUUCAUCCACUCUGCAUCCACUGUACAUCUGUAAUGGAGAGGUGGACUGUUCCGGUGGUAAAGAUGAGACCAACUGUACUCAAGAGACUAGCUGUUCUGGAGUCAGUUAUCGAUGCGGUGACGGAGUCUGCAUUCUAAAGAAAAACGCAAAAUGUGAUGGUGCACCCGACUGCUUCGACCGCAGCGAUGAGAAUGACUGUGCCUGUGGCAAUCCCGGUGUUUUAAAGCGUGUUUUUGACAGCGCCUCCCCGCAGCAGAGAAUAGUGGGUGGAGUCAAUGCAGUAGAGGGGGAGUGGCCAUGGCAGGUCAGCUUACAUUUUUCGGGGCAGCUGUAUUGCGGAGCAUCGGUCCUCUCGGAUGGGUGGCUUAUUUCUGCAGCGCACUGUUUCAGCAAAGAGAGGUUGUCAGAUCCACGUCAAUGGAUGGCGCAUAUGGGCAUGCUGAAUCAGGGCAGUGCCAAGCAUGUGGCUGAGAUCCGCCGCAUUGUGGUGCACGAGUACUACAACGCAAGAAUUUUUGACUACGACAUUGCCCUUUUGCAGCUGAAGAAGGCCUGGCCCAUUAGUCUGGAGCAAUAUAUCCAGCCCAUCUGCCUGCCUGCCCCUUCCCAGACCUUCAGUGAGGGACAUCGCUGCUGGGUCACUGGUUGGGGCUACCGUUCUGAACAGGAUAAGGUGCUACCCACAGUCUUGCAGAAGGCAGAAGUAAGCAUUCUGAGCCAAAGCGAAUGCAAGAGAAGCUACGGCCCCGUGUCCCCCCGCAUGCUGUGUGCUGGCGUGCCCUCAGGAGAACAGGACGCCUGUCGGGGAGACUCUGGCGGUCCUCUCUCCUGUCAAGCACACUCGGGCGGUCGCUGGUUUCUGACGGGCAUUGUGAGUUGGGGUUCCGGUUGUGGCAGGCCCAACCUUCCUGGAGUUUACACCAGAGUGGCAAAGUUCAUAGACUGGAUCCAACGACAUAUUGAUGCAAAAGGAACAAAAUUAUGAAAUGCACAGCCAAGCAUCAUAUAAUGAAGAACAGUCCUGUAUCAAGCGAGGCCAUUUUCACUUGAACAGCUGAUCCAAAGCAACAUUGUGUUAAACGUUGUGUUAUUUGCUGGUUUUGUUCAUCGUGUAACACUAUUAUAGUAUAUUUGUCUUAAACAACAAUGUUGUUUGUGAUAUGUUUUGCAAUUAGAAACUACACAUUUUAAAAGGAAAGCAUUCCAAAAUGUUAUAUACUGUAUAUACUUGAACUCUAAAAAAUGCUGGGUUGUUUUCAACAGCGUUUGGUCAAAAAGGGAUGAACUGAACCAUUGGGUCGCAAUGUAACCUACUUGGGUUAUUUCAACCCAAAAUUCUUUUUAACCCAUUGUUGGGUCAAAUAUAAUGAGUCAUUUUCUGGGUUCAUUUCACCCUGCGGCUGUGGGUUUGUCCUUUUCUGACCCAACACGUUUUUUCAGAUAUGUAGUUGCAAAGCAUAACUUUAUAUUUGGUAAAACAAAAGAAAAAAAUUGCAUAAAAGCCAAGUCUUCCUACCUUACCCGGGUUUUUAAUAAUGAUUUUUACAAAUUGUAAACCGUGUAUAUGAACUUGCAGGUGUGUCAGUUUGACGUCAUUUGACUUCAACCCACAUUAAAACAAAGUAGGUAAGGCACCCUGCAGAGAUAGCA